ACCGGUAGUACUUGCUUGCUGGCACUGCAUCCUCUUGCCGGAGCUUGGCCUUCCAUCACCAGUGGAGAGGACUUCUCGUUUAGUACGGUCCUGUUUUUUUUUCGGCUUUGCGAGUUCUCCCACUCCCAGGACUUGUUGCUUUGGUCCUUUCCAUUUUAGGCCAGCGUCACUGUCCGCCGACGACCUUCAUACACAACGAGACUACUGUAUCUCGUUGGUGAAGCCACGGAGUAGACCUUGCUGAGCACGACUAAUCCGAUCACCAAUUUUUAGACCUAUUUUAAGUAACUCUACCACUCAACGUAACUAUGGGCCGAGGAGUACGGAAAGAAUACAGCAGGGGACCAAUGAUAGCAGAAUGCCGGGAGUCAGCAGGACCCUGGCCUGAUUGUUUUGAUCUCAACUACACACUGGAUAGUCGUGAUCCCGUUAAAACACACAAUGCUGUUCAGCACCCUUCUCGUAGUUCCCCGAUGUUGUCGACGCGGCAAGAUCUCGCAAUGGACUUUCCUGGCAAAGGCACUGAUGGAUUUUUAAAGACAGCAAAGGGUGCACUGCGAGAUUGUCGGGAUUCAGGUGCACCUGCACCUGCACCUUGGCCUAACUGUUUCGACCUAAACUACACCCUGCAAAGUGGUGAAAGUGGAAAGAAUGCACACAAUCCUGUUUCGCAUCACUCCUUCAGUUCACCAAUAUCAACCGCCCCUGGCAAUUCGGCAUCGGAAUUCUUGAGUAAACAAAGUUCUCCAUUUGAUUUCGAUGAUUUUCUAGCAACCUUGAAGCCCGAGGAGCCCGACAGUAGCCCCCAGGCUAAUACCGGUAACACAUCGCGCUUUAAACAGUUCUUCGACGAUUCACAUGGGACGCCGCCACCUCGUGGCCUCCGGCACGUUCAUCCGUCUGCUGAUCAUCAUAGCAAAGAUGAACAACAGGCUAUCAUUCCACCAUAUCAAAGCUGUCAAGCCAAUGCAGCAGCACCUGGUCAUCCAACGCACCUCUCCACGCAGCACCGCAUGUACGAACUCCAACAGCAUCAACAGUUACCGCGAAGAGGUCGCAAGGUGUCCAGCCGACGCCAAGCCCCCUCCAAACCCCUGUCACAGCAGCCAUCCAAUGGCAGUCCCGAAGUGCGCCACCCGUCUCCAUGCAAUCCCUUCGACUGUCACAACAUAGAUGACAUCACCGAAGCAGAUAUGGCAGCAGCAACUGCUCGCUUUCUAACAAUCAGAAAAGCAAGCGUGGCGUCUUCUUUAAAUGAAACUAAUACUACACGGCCAACAGAAGAAAGUCCAGUGGAGGCAACUCCUCCACCUGUAGACCGAGAACGACCUCGCUAUAAGGCUCAGCAACAAUCAUCGAACCCAUCGCGGUGGUCUCCCAGUACUGCUGCAUCGGCAAACGCUGCCAAUGCUACGUCCGCUGGUCCAUCAGCGCCACCCUCUAACAUGGCCACAGCAGCAUUACUUCAGGCUAGGCUGCUUGCACAGCAGCGCGCCGCAUCCUCCGGAAUCUUUCCCGGAGGGCAAGUCACUCAGCUGGUGCGACCGCCAAUGCCAGUCUACCAAGCUGGAGUUCAGGGUGGCUUGCCACUUCAAUCUGCAGCUCUCCUCUCACAGUUUGUAUGGCUCAAUGUUCUAUGACCAAACCUUGCCAUGUCUUCUCUCUUAAAGUCUCCAGACACCCUGUUGUCUGCUAAACUGUCUUAAAACCGUCUUUUGUACAUCUUGUGUACCGCCUUCAAUGCCAGUCAUAUGCUCUCAUUUCUAGCAUUGAAAAUCUCUGUAUUAUUCAGCCAGCCAAGUUGUGGCUGCAUCACUACAUUUCUUCUGCAUUCUCCUUGAUGCAUCCUCAUGAUCUGGAACAGUCCCAUUGCACGCGAUCCGCUACUUCCACACCUCAUCUACGGAGUUAUUUUUCAGAAAGAAGGCAUAGUUUCUUAGACGACUUACCCUUUUCUAGCUUAUUUUCACAGCAGCCAUACAUACCUCUGUUACUUUAGUCUUGUUUACUCCCCAUGUUACCCGCCAAGGCCGUUUUUUACUCAGUCUGUUGCCAUAUCAUCAGCCUUUGUACUCGUCCCCCGUUGUUGUCCUCGCUGCCAAGUAGGUUGAUUAUGCAUCUCUCUCUUUCUGUUCCUUUGAAUCCACAUGCGGCGUGUGGUGUCAGCUUCCACUUACUCUGUACUUUUCGUUGCUGACCUUUUACAACUCUUUACUUUCUUGUAGAUUGAUCUCUGUGAGCGCUUUCUUGAAUUAUGUUUACUUUCAAAUACAUAAUACCUUGUGAUUGUAUUCUCUUUCCAUUCUUUCCUAGGGUUUCUAGCCAGCAUGCAUCUAAUGUCUUUUUUAGCGCUCCUCAGCGCAUCAACUCUUUCUUGAUAUACAUAAUCAUACUGGUAUGUCCUAAAGUUAAAGGUUCCUCUACAUCGUCUU